UUCCAGAUUAAGAAGAGUUUGACGAAAAGAUAUCCUGUCCACAACUCAUAAGAUGUGACCAUCGCCAUGGCAGCCACAGACGGCCAAGUGGUGGUAGCUGCAUCACGCUGGUGCGACGAGGGUCAAUACCUCCGCGAGUUCGCUUCCAAAAAUCGUCUCCCCACCGUUGCGAAGAUCAUCAAAGGCCAAUAUGGAGGUCUUGGUGUUCCGACGUUACCAAGUCCAGGCUUACAAAGCUCAGCGCUACUCAUAUCAGCGGGAAAAAGAAAGAAGAUAAUCGCCCAAGCUAUUAAACUUAAAGAAGGAAGGCGCAUGGUUAGUGUGGGCCCUAGAAUUGCAAUCCCAGAUUCUUACAAAGGCUACUUUGAAUUGCUUAGUGAAGAAGGACGUGCUGUUAGGUGUAUUGAAUCAGUGUCUGAGCUGGCAAGAAGAAAAUUGGAAGAUGGGUGCUUAGUAAGAGAGUCUAUGAGGGUAAUUUGUGCAAAAUUAGAUCUAGACGGAAAUAUAACAGCUGAUGGAGCAAGAAAUUUGGCGGCUGGAGAAGUUAUUAUGCCAAGAGGAGAAGCUAUCUUAGGGAAAAGCAAGUACUUGAAAUGUACUGAUACGAAAGGUGAUACAAUAUUGUUGGGAUUAGACCAGAGAGGGAAAUUUUCAGCUGUAGCCAAAGAGGAGAACAUCAGCGGCGUGCAUACAGCUAAGACUUUGUUAACUAAACGGUUGCCUAUUACAGUGAGAUUGGUGCAUGGAACUCCGCCGCGAGGAUUGAAAAGUCAAAAUCAUUUCGUGCCUGAACUAAGAUUGUUAUCAAUGUUCGAAGAAGAUCAUGUUUUCGCUUUACCAUUGCAAAAAGAAGGUAAUGCAUUAGUUGCUCUGCCUUUAGCAGCUCCUCUAAAAAUGCAGAAAUGUAAAAACGAGGAACAAAUCAAAAAUUUCAUGGAGUUUUCAAGGCUAGUGGAAAAGUGCAAUCGUUUGCUUGUGGACGUUGUCGAUAGGAUUCAUAUUCUGGAUGGCAAACUUGGCGACCCCAAAAGGCUUUUAAAUGCUCCCAUGCAUGCACCCCCAUUAGUCAAAACUGGUUACUUUUUGAGAAGAAGCGCUUCCUCGGAUACCGCUAAUCAGCACAAACAUCUAUCUAGACACAACCAUAUUUACAGCAGCCAUAGAGACGAGAAUAGCAUUCCAGAUGAAUAUGACGAAAUCGAUCAAAUCUACGACUAUGUUAGAGGGUUCGCUCCGUUACCCAAAAACUUGAAAGCAUCAUAUUCAAAUGAACCAAUUUCAAAGCAUGAGUCUGCCCCAUCAUCUCCUGCACCGACACCAAUCCACAUGCCUCUAAUUACGGAAAUAAAGCCUGAACCUCCUCCAAUAGAAACCAUACCAACCAAAAAGCUUCUGAACCCUCCAAAAGCAGAAAAACGGUCUCGAAAAUCAACAGUAAAAGAAACGCCAGUCACAGUUUACAAAGACAAAUCGUCCGUCAUACCACCAGCAAAUCUACCCAAAUUGUAUGUUAAAAAUAGUGUGAAUAAUGGUAAAAGUAGGAUGGUUUUUCGUCAGACAAGCCACUCUCCUACUAAAGAAGCACCUAGUCCUAUAGCUAGUCCAGUGAGGCCUAUCAAAGGUGAUUCUCCGAUCUUCAAUAUAAGAUAUAAGAGUCUUUCAAAUAUCCAUCAGGCAAUGGAGUUAGAUGGGACAUUGGAUUCGAGUCAUUCUGGCGGGCGUACAUCGGGUGAUUCCGGGAAUGGGCCGAAAUUACCCGAGAAACGAUCAAGAAAGCUAAGCAGACCGAAAUCUUUGACGAAUUUGGUGUGGGAGUUGAAAGGAUGUCCAGUAGAGACGAACGAGAAACCAAAAUCUAGGUCCAAAACUGAGAGCUACAAGAAGCUUGGCAAUAAAUUAUCACUUGGUGCACAGAAGAGGGUGCCGACACUCUAUCUUUAAGG